UAGUUGAGGUGGAGAUGCUGUGGUGCCGCCGUCUCUUUUGCGAGUAUUUUCCAUUUUCUGAGGCUGGUGUGCGAGGGAGGAUGCUGUGGUGAGGCAUGGAGGUCGUGUGCGGCGGCAGAUUCCUCUCCCCGAGCUUCAGCGGUUCCAGUAUCAUUCGCCUUUGAGCCAAUCAUGCGUGCUGCUCAGUGUGCCAGUCACAUGAUGCAACCAAUAGUUAUCUUUCCUGUUGAAGGGGCCCGAGCAUUUUCUUCUCGGCCCAGAAAGUACCUCAGGGGAUAAUACACGGUCAAUAAUUGAUCAGUCCCAAAUGGGCGAACAAGAGCAAGUAUCUGCAGUUAUGGAGGAUGAAAAGGUGAUCAAGGAAGAGGAUUUAGAAGUGAAGGAUCCAGAGCCAGUCCUUGACAUCAUUAUAAACAAUGUAGUAUCUUCCUUCUCUGUUGCGUGUCACCUUGAUCUCCACCAUCUAGCGCUCCAUGGAAACAAUGUUGAAUUACGAAAAGAAAAUGGGGUGCUGACAAUGAAACUGCGUAAACCUCCCACCACAGCCUCCAUAUGGUCAUCAGGCAAAAUAACAUGCACAGGCUCAACCUCAGAGUGCCAGGCGCGGCUAGCAGGGCGUCGCAUUGCUCGAUGUGUCCAAAAAAUGGGCUAUAAUGUCAAAUUUAGAAAUUUCCGGAUAGUAAAUGUCUUAGGAACCUGCAGCUUACCAUUUGCAAUAAAAAUAACUCCUUUUUCUCAAAAACAUAGAGAUGCAGCAAGUUAUGAACCAGAGCUGCAUCCUGGUGUCACAUAUCGAAUUGAACACCCAAAAGCCACGCUCAAGAUAUUUAGUACAGGAAGCAUCACUGUGACAGCACCCAGUAUCGCCAACGUUCAGAAUGCCAUUGAACACAUAUACCCUUUGGUGCGGGAGUUUGGCAAGGCUCGGUCUGAGGAGGAAAUGGCAGAGUACCGGCGGAACCAGGCCAGAAAACAGUUUCCAAUACUCAAUUUUGAAGAUGUGGAAGAAGACUUGUCAUCCUCGGAAAUUGAAGAGUAUUGGGAACCCAUGUAAUGUUAAGUUUAGCAGUCCAUUACAGAGUAUACAAGAAGCCAUGUUGAAAAGGUUUUGUGAGAUUUUUGUAAUAUUACUCCCCCACUUUUUUUUACGGUUUUUUUUUCUCUCCCCCUCUUAUAAUUAGAUAGCCAUUUUACCAUUCCCAAAGACAUGUUCUCAUAUUUUCUCAAGGUAUAUUCUUGAUGUGUCUGGUGCACAAGGUAACUAUUUAAUGUGUCUCAACUGAAUGAAUGCUCUUGCAUCACAACACACACACACACACACACACACACACACACACACACACACACACACACACACACACACACACACACACUGCAGUCUUCAUAUCAAACCAAGCUGCACAUAGUCCCAUCAUUUGCAACAUUGAUGAAGUUGAAAGCCCCACCGUGUAUUAUGUGAUUUUGAUGUCAAGGUAUUGUAAGCAUUUCCUACCUUUUCCUUGUAUCGUCUUCUUAGCUAUUAGUUUGAGCUUGACUGAACUACUGUGUUUUCAUCACACAACUCACAGACUCCAUGAAUCAUCUGCCCUGUUUUGGUUAUCCAGAGGAAUUACAACUUUAACUAUUUUGACCAAGUAUUCUGAAUAGAAAAAAAACAUUUGUGCAGCUAGUCUAAACUGAAGUGGCAUAGCAUUAUCAACGUUUUUGCUUUGAAUUAUGUUAAAGCAUGGAAGCACUUCAUCCGAAUUAAUGGGCCAGUUGGAAAACAGCACACCUAAGAUGUUUCUCCAGGUAUCUGUCAGCCCUGCCUGCCAACAAGACCUUUUUUUUCCAAUUAACCUGGCACAAGAAUGUGGAGAUCACAGGUGCAAUGGUCCUCUUACCGAUUCUGAAAAUCCACAAGUCACUGCUUGAACUUGUCAUAUCAGAAACCUCUACCCAUUAGAUGGUUUCUUAAUAACACGAUCUCAUCAUACAUGUAGAGAUAAUUUCUUGAUCACAAAGAUGGAUCACAGCAGCUAGAGGUCAAGUGUGCAGCAAUACAGGAUUUUCUAGUGGUUUAUUUGGACAUUAAAAUUAACAAUUAGAUAAUAUUCACGUAUUUAUACCAAUAAGUAACUUGUGCCUUCAACAGUCCUUAUGUCACAGUCUGGGAUGGAGCUGGCACUGUGAAACUGGAAGUACACAGAUCUAAGGAAGAGUGAUGGUGUCUGUGUGACCCGUCUUGGACCUCUCACUAAUCCUCUUUCUGUCCCUGAUUUGUAAUUUGUAAUACGUACCAAUGUCUUGUAUUGACAUCUCCAUUUUUCUCUCUUUUAUUUUAUUAUUAUUAUUUUUUUUAUUCAUAGUUCAUCAUCUAUACUUUGUGAUUUCUUUUCACUUGAAAUCAUUAUCAUUAUCCUCAAACUCCCAUGGUUAUGUUAAAGCUGCAUUUUUGUCAUCAGUACAUUAUACUACAUUAGAAUAAAUAGAGGCAAAUAACUAAACAUGUGAUCUUAAACAUUUAAUGUUAUAGGAAUUAGUUUUAAAAGAAACAUUUAUGUUGUACAAUUAUGAUUUAAAUUAUAUUACUUACCAAUGAGGAAAUGAGAACUAAGAACAUUAUUAUGUUUUCUGGAAGUGAUUAAAACAAUUUUUUUUCACUCUCUCUCCUCUCUCCAGGUUUGUAUAAGAAAGGAAUAGUGUCCCAUGGCAAUUUGAUCACUUCAUAAUGCUCAUAUGUAUGUUCCUUCUAGUGGUAUCCCCCAAACAAGCUGUAAAUCUGCUGUCUCCCUUACAAGGCCAAAGCAUUUUUAUGUUACUUAACAUAUCUGCCAGUGGUCAGAGAUAAUGGUGGAAGGAAAAUGACUGAGGGUUUAACUCCCACCAAAGCUUGUCUCUGCUAGACUGACAUGUGAAGAAACCAGUUAGUGGAUCACUUGUCUAGCACAAAUUUGUUGCUCUUGGAGUAUGGUUGUUCGCGUGCUUCCAGUGCCUGUGAGGAGUGCUUGUAACACGCACUUUACUCCACUGACGCUGCUCUAGAUUUGGCUAAUGGGAACAAAGUUUGUAUGUGAAUUUGUAUAGUACAAUACUUACUAUGUUCUUUGUUUAAGAGGAUGUCCUGCAACCAUCAUAAAUCAAAUGGUUUUAUGUUUACAAAGGAUCAGUUUGCUUGACUGGACUAUCCUGCAAUAGAAGCAUCAUAUAACUAACAUGUACAGUGGGUUCAUUUGUCCUAUGCUGUAAUUGGAGUGGAUUCCUAAAACAAACCAUGCUUCAAGAUUUUUUAAAAAUCCAUAUUUUGAUAGUCCUUUUGAUGCUUUUACAUCUUCCUUUGUAAUUAUUUAAGAUAUUGCGAUUGACAGUAAAUCAUGAAAACAUUGCAUUUAUCAUUUUGGCAUUAAAGAUCAUGAAAUUUUUUUUCAGAAUGUAUAUAAAGGACUCCAGAUAGAUUUUUGCUUCUUAACAAAGGAGCGUUACUGAUUACAUCAGUGUUUAUAUCCAAUUGAGUUCCUUGUUAGAGGGACUGUUCUGCAUUAUUCUAGAAUUUCCAGACCAUUGUUAGUGUUGUAUCUGUUAUUUAUCACUCAUGUUGCAGUAUUUCCAAAACCCCUUUGGCUGCCUGCGUUUAAACUGUUACAUUACAUCUAUUGGCAUUAUCUUCACAUUGUGUUACUUUCUGACAUUCUUCUAGCUUGUGUAUAUAGUACUCAAUAAGGCAGUAGUGUGUUUAGGAGAGUUGAAGAUUGGGCAAUGGCAGUGCAAACUGAUGUGAUGGAGAAGAGCAAACAGUUUAUCCUCAUUCACAAGUUACAAGAAGCAAGUGCUCGUGUACCCUCUGUGAAGAUUGUUAUGGAAAUGGCACUCUUGAAGCAAGUGCAAAGCAGCUUUAUUAUUUAGGAAUUAAGGAGAUUCACCAAAGGACCUUUUUUUCUGGCGAGUCUGUGCCAAGACGUCCCCCAGAAGGCCUGAGGAAAGAGUACGAGUAGGGUGGAGGAGAGCCUGAGUGUGCCACUCUAUGUAUAUCCAUGUACUGUAAGAUAAGUCUCCAGCAUCAAAGUGUAUUGUAGGUUUAUUAUCUCCAGGCCAGAGUCUCACACCACUGGUAUUGUGGCAGUAUUUUUUCAAGUGUAUUAUGGAACUAUUGUCAAGUGUAGGCUUAUGAUUUUGAGAGGACUAGUGGCAAAUUUCCAAGCCUUAGCAUGGACUCUAUGUAUAACUUGAGGUUUACAAAAUUGUUGAUGCCAGUGUAUGUUGAAAUUUUGUAUGCAAUAUUCUGUUUGGAAAUAUCAAAGAUUGUUCACUCCUGCUAACUUUAAUGUAUUACUUAACAGCUAGAAAGAGAGCAAUACAAAAAUGGCCUUCA